UUCGUAACUGUUAAAAAAUAGAACUGAAUACAGACAACAUGGCAAGCCGUUUUGCUUUCCUGCUCAUUUUAGCAGUUAUACAAAUAGACGUUUCUUUAUCGUUUAUGGCAGGGUUAUAUUGUGGACUUGAUAACUGUUACGAGAUUUUGGGUGUGACAAGAGAUGCUACCAAGACUGAAAUCACAAAGGGCUACAGAAAAUUGGCAAGGAAAUGGCAUCCAGACAUGCACAAGACAGAAAAAGAAGCAGCUACAGAGAAGUUUAGAGAAAUAGGAAAUGCAUACGAAAUUCUUAAAGAUGAGGAGCAAAGAACUGAUUAUGAUUACAUGUUGGAUCAUCCAGAUGAGUUCUUUGCAAAUUACUAUAAUUAUUACAAGAGAAGAUAUGCUCCAAAAGUAGACCCUAGGAUAGUUAUUGGUGUAACAAUUACAAUUAUAUCACUUGUACAGUACUGGGGAGCUUGGAAUAAUUACAACAGUGCCCUGGACUAUGCUUGUAAGGAAGCAAAAUACAGACAUAGGGCAAUGGACAUUGCUCAAUCAGAGGGGCUCCUAACAGGAGGAAAGAAUAACAGGAAAAAAGAUAAAAGAUCAAAGGAAGAAAUUAAAUCUGAAGAAGAAGCUGUCAUAAGAAGUGUAAUAGAAGAUAAAAUUCAUAUACAUGGAGGUUAUGGCAAGCCAACAGUAUAUGAUAUAUUAUGGGUACAGAUUGUAUUUUUACCGUAUUACUUAGUACUAUAUAUAACAUGGUGGUGCAGAUGGAUUUGGAAAUUUACCAUUUGUAGGAAUGAAUAUGGUGAAGAAGAGAAAUUACAUUUAAUUAGAAAAUUUAUGAAAUUAGCAACUGCUCAAUUUGAUGCUUUAGAAGAGCAUGAGCGAGAAGAAUUUUUACGGAAAGAGUUAUGGAAAAAAGAUAAUUUUACUGUUUGGAAGGAGAACAAAGAAGCAGAACAAAAGGCAAAAUUAGCAGAAAGUGGACGUUAUAAAAGUUACAGAAGAUAUAUGAAGUCUGGUGGUCCAGGUCAGAUGACCUUUGGCCCAGAAUAAUAUCAAAGAUCUGAAUAGCAUUUUUUUUUUUAUUUAUUCUAUUGGUGCAGAAGUUUUUUUUUUAACCAAGUUAUGUUGCAAUAUUUAAGUCAUACAAUCAGGCAAACACAAAAGAAAAAAUGAUUUCUCUAUAUCAGCUUUUCCAUUAUGAUAUCAUAUACAAUGUUUAUUUUGUAACCAACAAAAAUAUUGACCCUAAUGAGAGUUACAAAUACAGAUUCAAUGAGGUUGAAUUAUUCACUUGCAAGUGAAUAAUUCAUCAUCAAUGUUUUUUUGACUUGUUUAGAAAAAAAAUAUAUAUUUCACUUUUUCACUUUCAUUCAUGAUUGAACCAAAAAAAAUUAUAUUUUACAUAUUUUAGGUUUUUUAUAUAUCUCAUAGCUAGUGCCCCUUUAAGGCCAUACAGAUAGUUUGAUAUAGAUUCACUGCCAGAUAGAAGUUUUUGGAAUAAACAAAUAGAACCUUUAAAGAGAUUAUUAUUUAAAUAUGAGUCUUUUUUCUUGUAUUAGCUAUCAAAGUCUCAGUUGAAAAAUGUACUUAUAUUUGCCUGAUUUUAGGGACUUCCUCUAUAGUAGAAUCAAACAGAGUAGGUUGAAUGUUUGUUUAUUUGUGUAUUUUAAGGGGCAGUUGGUAUUUUUGUAUUGUUUUAAAUGUGGGUGAAAGUUUAUUAAUUUGUGUUUAAAUGUUUAAUGAGUUGUAUUGUAUUCAAAUAUAUAAUGACAUCUUUUCUCUAUGACCUUAACAGCAUUGUAAUUUAAAGCUUAUUUUAUAGAGUGUUACUGUAAAUUCCGUAAUUAUUGCAUACAUUUAAUUUGGAUUUUUUUUAACUAUUGACAAAAAUGCAAGAUUAGUUAUUAUGAUUUAAGGAAAUUAUGCAUACAUUUACAUAAUUGAUUAUCAGAUAUAAAAUUUAGAGUUCUUACAGUUGUUAUACUUGCUCAAGCAGGGGAGGGGUUUCCUUAUUGGUAAAAGCCUGGCACUAUUUUUUGAAUUUACAGUAAACAAUUAUUCAGAAGUUAUACUCAUAAUAAUUAAAUGAAUAACUUGUCCCAUUGUUUCCUUUGAUAUCAUGUGCAAUGUUUUAAAAUUUUUGUUAGUAACCUGUUAGUUUGAAAUAUUAUCUGUGUUAAACAUAUUUGUUAUUUCAUGUUAUGUUAUCUGAAAUUUGUUGCAUGUUUUUGAUCUAUUUUGUUUAAUGUUAUUACAGGUUACAAUACUUGUAAGAAUUCUUAAUUACUUUAUAUUAAUCAUGUUAAUCUGUAAAUUUACUGUAAAAAGUGGAUACUUUGAAUUCUGUCUUUUUAUAUGAGUUAAGUUUUACCCUCCAACUCUGAAUCAUUCUUUUGUCAAUUGUUUUAUAAUAUAUCUUUUCCAAAUUUUUUUUCAAUUUUUUUUUUUCAAGAACUUGACAAUUUAAGAAAUAAUUUAAAAUAUCAAAGGAACUACAAACAUUAUAAAUUUAAUUUGUUUUUCUCUCUCAAAAUCAGAUAUGAAUAACAUAACUAUAAAGAACAUGAUUGAAUAAAAAAGAGUUUGAGAACAAAAUUGGAAAAGGAAGGAUUAUUUAUACUUGUAUAUACAUGUAUAUCAGACAAAUGAAAUUCUCCUUUUCUAAGAUUUUAAUUAAAUACAAGUUUUGUUGCUUUGCUUUAAAAAUUAUAUGGUGUCUGUUUUGUAAACUUUAGUAGUAGGGUAGAUUUCUUACUAAUUUUUAGUUCAUGUUUAUUCAAUACAAAACCAUAAAUGAAUAAUGCUCAAAAUAAUAAGAUAUUCAGAAAUUAAGCUAGUCAUCAGUAUAUAGUUUUAUUAUGCACUAUCUGAGAAAUCUGACAUUAUCAUUGAAUACUAACAACACAUAUGACACUUUGACAAAAUCUUUUAUGUGAAUGAAAAAUUACUUCAAACUCUCUGUGAUGGUAGUUUUAUAAAAGUUGAAGGUUAAAAUCUACUUCACUACGCAAUGCAGGAUUAUACAUGUUAACAUAUAAUUGUUGUGAAUAUUUACAAAUUUACCCUACAAGCAAUCAAACUGUGUAAUAUAAACAUUAAUAAUGCUUCUUGGUUAAGAAUUGGAAAGUUUCUUUUGAUUAAAAAAUGAAAAGAACAUAGUUAUCUAAGAGUUUUAUUGACUUUGGAGGAGUAAUUAUUUUUGGUUAUAGAUCUGUGUUGUGUAUAUUUAAAGGCAAAAGUACUUCAGGUUUUAACUGUGCAACCCUUUAGUAUUGUGAAGGAUCAUUAUAUAUACUAUUACAUUGGUUCAACUAAUAUUUAGAGAUUUUCCAUAUAAAUUGAUAUGGAAUGAUUGAAAAUAUUCCCAGAUUUGAGGAACUUUUCAUUUCUGUUUGCAUGUACUCGAACACUUCUGGUCAGAUUUGAAUAAUUAACAGUUUUUGAAUUGAAUACAUGAUUAAGACUCAUCGAACAAAAACCUAAUUUUGAAUAAUUGAAGUUGUUUAUUAACUCUAUUAAUAUUAUUUUACCAGACAAUUAAUUAAACUUGAAUGUUUUUCCAAUUUGAUUUUCCAUACAUAUAUGAAAACAAGAUAACCCUCAUAAACAUAGGUUCAUGUAUUGCCAUUUUUUUAUGUAAAUAGUUUGUUAUUUAUUAAUCCUUCAAUCAGUUUUUGAAUAGGUAAAUGUGCAUAGUACUAUUAUUGUAUCACAAAUGCUGAAAAUAACAUAAUUGUUUGUAGUAAAAAAAUUAACAUAUGUUUUUUGAGACAAAGAUUUACCAAAGACGUAAUGUACUUAAAUUGGUAUUUAUGGGUAAAAUGAACUAAAUAAAGUACUGUCAAAUAUACAAAAACAGCCUUAGUUAAAAGAAUGCAACAUUUAUGAAAUAAUGAACUGUACUUCUGAAUUGAAGUUCUAUGAGAGUCAUGUGUUAAGGGUUGGAUUAUAGUUAUUUGUGAUAUGUACUUAUAUGCUGUGUAUUUGUCUUGUACCUCAUGAUAUUGUUGAUAAUCAAUGUGCGAUAAUUGCUGUAAAUUUCAUAAUGUAUAUCAAAAUAUGUUGAUUACUAGUAUUUUGUUGUCUUCAACCAUGUCAGAUUGAGUUAUAUGAAACUAAGCAAGAAUUCUGUCAUUUUUAUGUCAUUGUGGUUAUAAAACAGUAAAGCCCUAGCACUUAUUUUGUGUAAUCAAACCAUCACUUAUGAAGUAAUAAUUGUAUGCAGAAUCAAUCUCAUUGAGAUGACCAGCGAUAAUCUAUAAUUACAUUUUGAAAUUUGUCAUAUCUGUAUUUAUUUUUGGAUUUGUGUCUAACAUUAGUGCUAUAAUUGCAUAUAAACUUGCUUUAAAAUUUGUUUCAAAACUGCCAAAAUAAACUGUUUGAUAUAUAUUGUAAUCAAUAUGGAAAAUAGUCAAGAUAUCACCUUAAAGAUGUUUUGCUAUAAUGAGAAAAUUUGUACAAAGAUUUUUAUAAGGGUAACUUUUAUUUUGAUGUAAGGCCUUGGCUGACUGUUUAUGUUUAAAAUGACCAUUUUAUAUCAAAUAUUUAAUAGUGGCUGAUUGUGUCGAGACUAAAU